UUUGCCAACCCGUGUGUGUGUGUGUGUGUGUGUGUGUGUGUGUGUAACACCCACCCUUCCCUUCUCCUCCUACCUCCACCCUGCAGAGUGCACAACUAUUAGCCCCACUCUCCUGCCAAACAUACAACUCCAGCAGUCCAGGCUGAUGGCUGGGUCCCUAUUGCCUUCCCACAUUGUCCUUCUUCUGAUGUGAUUCUCCCGGCUGCAGAAUUAGCCAUUGGAAUGUAGCCCUGCCAUGCCAGCUCUCUACUCCUGCACUUGACAUUUUGGAUUUCCUAAUAGAAAGAUCCUAAUAAUAUUAAACCAGCUGACAGAUGCCUGGAUAGAGAAGAUUCUGCUAGCAAGAUGUCUGGGACACAGCCAACUUUUGAAACUCCCAAUAUCACAGUAGGAGUAGAAGAAGAUAAACGGGACCCUAUUGUAGCACAAUGGAACAUUGCAAUGCUGGCAGUGAUAUUUAGCUUUGCCACAUUUGGAAAUUGCUUGGUACUGUUCACUUUACUGAGGCGGCGGAAGCACAAUGCCCUCAUGCACACCUUCAUGAUCCAUUUGUGUCUUGCGGAUUUGGUGGUCUCUUUCUUUCAGGUCCUUCCACAACUUGUCUGGGACAUCACUGACCGCUUUCGGGGACCAGAUGUGCUCUGUAGAGGAGUUCGGUACCUACAAGUGGUAGGCAUGUAUGCUUCAUCGUACAUGAUUGUUGCCAUGACAUUUGACAGACACCAGGCGAUCUGUCGACCAAUGAUGACCUUCAAAAAAGGUUCGGCGCGAUGGAAUAUUCCAGUGUCCUUGGCAUGGUUGGCUUCUGCUAUCUUCAGUCUUCCACAGGGCUUCAUUUUUUCCAGGAUAGAGGUCCACCCAGGUGUAUUUGACUGCUGGGCUACAUUUAUAGAACCAUGGGGUCUUAAAGCUUAUGUGACAUGGAUUACUUUGGCGGUCUUCAUUCUACCAGCUUUGUUUAUUGCUACAUGCCAAGUUCUGAUCUUUCGAGAGAUCCACAACAGUAUCAACAUGGGCCCAGGACAUUCCCCAAGACCAAGAAGAAAAGCAAAGCUGAUAAAUACGAGGAAUGGCGCUCGUUCACAAUCAGAUACUGGGGUGAGCAGUGCCAUGGCAAAGACCGUUCGCAUGACUCUUGUCAUUGUGCUGGUAUAUGUUGUUUGCUGGGCCCCCUUUUUUAUUGCUCAACUGUGGAACGUCUGGAAUCAAGAAUCAGCAGCUGGGAGUUCAGCCAUCAAAGUCCUGAUGAUCCUUGCCAGCCUAAACAGCUGCACCAACCCAUGGAUCUACACCAUCUUCAGCAGCAGUGUGUCCAAGGACGUGAAAGAGAUUCUAUGCUUUGCCUGUCGGCCCCGCCAACGUAAGAACUCUUUGCCAGAGGAUUCCUGUUUUACAGGCUCUACCACUGUGCCCAAGGAGUGUCUGUACUGAUUAAGCUGUGAAUACAAUCCCAACAUGGAUCUGCUGUGAACCCUACUGAAAAUUCUACAAUGUGAUGGCUGGAGAGUCCGCUAUGGGCAGGCUGAGGAACACGUGUACUAACUGAGAUCAAGGAGCAAUGCCACCUUAUUUCCAGAUUUUGUGAUUUCACGCUUUGGGACUUUCACAUGGUUACUUUGGUCAUGGAGGUGCUUUUUUGGUUAUGGAGGAGAUGCAACACAACCAGGUACUAUAAAAUGGUACACUGCUCCCUUUAAGGGUCUGUAAUACAUACGUUUCAACACCAUCUCUUUAUUAGUAUCUAAGGAAGGAUGCUAAAGUAUCUAGGUCAUAUGGACUAUUCCACUGAAAUGAUCUCCAGAUGAUAAAUGGACUUCUGUGAGGACUUCAAGUCAUCAUCUGAGCAAUGCCAUAUUCAAAUAAUUCCCUAGAAUGCAAUAGGGGUAUAAGAAGAGAUACAAGGAAUUUCGACAUACCGUCAGUUAUGAAGAAACUGCAACUGAUCUGAUCUCAGGAAUGAUCCUCUUCUCCCUCACAUAUAAUAUAUGUGCCUCCCCUCUAGGGAAAGCUGUGCAUUCUGGGAGGUCUGUGGAGGACAAUGUAACAAGUUUGCUGGGGCAGGGGCCGGAGUCAUAAACACUGUCACUCCUAAGGUCGCCUUGCUUCUCAACCAAGCUUAGUGAUUUAAAGUAUAUAAAGCAAAAUAUAUGUAAAGAGUGUAUAAUAUAUGGAAAAAAGAUGUGAUGAUAGAUAUAUAGAUGUGUAUUUGGUGAAGGAGUAUUCUUUUGAUUCAUCUGCCCUGCAGCCAAAGAGUUAUAAAAGAAAUCAGGGAGAUUUUCUGUAAACUGAUUUUAUCACAACUGUUAAAUGUGAUAUUCAUUCA